AUGGCUGCGUCGGUGAUGGGAUACUCUCCCAACUCGCCCAGAGACACGUCUCCAGAUGCUACCUCCCCGUACCCAGAUCGGCCAAUCCGACCGCUGCCAAAACGUCGUCUACGUGAGCGAUUAUCCCCAGACGUAGCGCAUACGAUCAAAUACCCUCCGACACCCAAGACUACUACGCCGCUAUUUUACCACCCCUAUGGCAUUCGAGAAGAGGCUGGUUCGAAUGGGUUUGUAGAAUCGCAGCAUCCGAGCGAGCGUGAAAGAGCUGAUGAGAUUGAGCGUAACUAUGUCUCGAGACGUAACGGGGAGCAGUUGGACAGUGAGGAGGACGAGGCCGAGGCUGGGUAUCGCAGUCGGGUCUACUCAAGACACUCUGCAGACAACACAGGCAGAUCCUUCCGCUAUGUUCAGAAGCCAGAUUCCAAACACCCGAAUCCUCGCCCCCAUCCACCAGGCUCUGCUGCCUCUUCGGCAGACGGCUACGACUCUUUCGAGAAUACAAACAACAAGAAAAAAAGAAAGAUUCCCACCCCAGGUGACUCGAACCUGAAUGGGGUUCACCUUUCAAAUGACGUAGUAGGCGUAGCUGGCCCAGAGGAUUUAGGAGAAGAUGCUGGGGUUGGAUCAUAUCAAGUCUUAAGCAAUGGGCAAGGCAUCUCUGGUCCUGGCAGAGGAAGAUAUGGUCGAGUCCGAAACGGCAGGAGCCCUUUGAGAAACUUAUCUGAUGCUUCAAGCAAUUGGGGGAACGGACGUACCACAAAGCAAAGACAACCUCAGUGGUCACCCUCCACCGAAUCGCCAGGGAUUAUCUCUAGAUCAAUUGCCAAUGCGAACGCCGACAGGACCCCAAUCACUCCCUCUCGAGGUCAGGAGAGCUUCAGUCUCUUGCAACAAGAAGCUUCAAAGAAGUCUAGUCCUGCCUCUGCACAAUUCACUUUCACCUGCGACUCCCAGGUCCCUGCUCCAGUUGCUUGGCCCGGCCCAAGUAGUGUGAGCCCUAGUCCAGCAGCUCGCACGAGUACACACGCCACCCAAACAAGCCCAAACAUGCCAGCAGGCCAUGGACCCAACACAGCAGCGUCAGCAAAGCAAGGCCCCGCAGCAUCCCAGCAUGCGCCGAACGGUCAGAAGCAAGCACCGCCUAAAAAGAAUCGUCGUCGGACAGGCAAGGAAUACCUCCUCGCCGCUCGUCAACGUCGCCACCAGCAAGAGCUCCAGAACUAUCACCAUCCUCCAUCUCCACAAGAGAUUUGGAUCUGCGAAUUCUGCGAGUAUGAGCGUAUCUUUGGCACUCCACCUGAGGCUUUGAUUAGGCAGUACGAGAUCAAAGACAGACGAGUGAGGAAGCAAGAGGCGGAGAGACGGAGACUCUUGGAAAAGGCUAAGAUGAAGGGACGGAAAGGAAAGAAGGGAAACAAGGCUGCACCGAAGGCUACUGCCCCAACACAAGACCAACAAGCUCAACACCACCAACCUGCUGCCAUGAACCAAAGCCAAAGCCAGGGUACGCAAAGUGAAGAGUAUUACGAAGACGAGUACGAGGAUGAGUACGCCCAGGACGAUCCCCCUCCACCGUCCCCUGUUGCGCCUCCAUCGAUUCGCCAAAUGGAAGUCCAACCCGAUCCACCCAGGACAUCAAUACAUCCAGGGGUGCACUCUCGUACUGCAACUUGA